UAACACGUAAGUCAGGUCAAUCCUCGGGUCAAACAUGAGAGUACGUCAGCUGGUUGCCGCUGAAUCGAGCUAAAAUAUGACGACUUCAAACAAUAGUGUCGAAGAACGAAUGCUAAUUCAAGAAAUAGCAAAACACGAUCUGCAGAUAUCUGCUCUUAUACAGGAUAUUCGUCAAAAUGUCAAAAGUGUUGAAGCACUUGAGGAUGUUCACAUGAGGAUAAAGGAAGAAUUAAAGAUAAUAAAAGCCAGGGUUGAGGAUCUUGAUAUAUUGGUGAAGGAACAAGACAAUGAAAACCAGAAGAUUCAGUGUCAGAAUACUGUAGACAAGUAUAGAAAACAAUUAAUAAGCACUCAAACUGAGAUAAAGAAAGCCAGACUGGCGUGUAAACUGAGAAUUGAUCAAAAUGAAAAGGAGGAACUUCUUUUAGGUGGUUUAGAUCCAGAACUCAAAAAAAGGAAAAAUAAAGAAAGUCGAGCAAAAACAGCAUCUACUAUAACAGAAAACCUGAUGUCUUUAAACAAAAUGAUGCAGCAAAGUGUAGAACAGAGUGAAAACACAAAUAAAGUUUUAGACAAGUCAUCCAAAGGCAUAUCAAAAGCGCAUGAAGAAUUUGAAAAAUUACACCGUGGAAUUCGCACAAGUGGUAAUUUCUUGACAAAGUAUGGCAGAAGGGAACUCACUGACAAACUAUUCAUGUUUCUUGCAGUUGCUCUUUUCUUUGGAACUGUUGCUUAUAUUAUUCAAAAACGAUUAUUUUGAAAGCAAUUGUACUGUAUACAAAUAUAAUAAAUGUGGUUAAACUCUCAGAAUUAAACAUUCAUUUCUCAUCAGCAUGGUACACUGUUUUUAUUUGUUGUGAAAAGCCAAAAUGAUGGUUGACAAAAACCUGAAGACUUAUUUCCAGUAGGAUCCCUCUGGUGGUGAAUUCAAACCCCUUGCAUUGGAUGUUCACAUGGGCCAUAAUGCACACACAAUCAACGACUUACUCGGAUUGGAAAACGGAAAGACGGUGCGCUAUACCGUGUAUUAUAUAUAUGCAUUCCAUCUGUUCACCUACAACACAAGGAGCGCAGCAAUGAUCUUGAACCAGGGACCAAUGGAUCUAGACAGUUCAGUGCACAUACCAAUUUAGCUUGGCUGUGGUCUGCAGUUUACACUGUUGUUACUUGAACCAUUCAAAAUAUCGGCCUUGUGCCUGGACAUCAUCGAUCAUAGUCAUGCGAAUGGAUCCAGAGAAAGAAUCAUAAAUGCAAUCUUCUUUGUCUUUUCUUGUGGCUCUACAAGGCUCUGGAAAAAAACUGAAAAUGUUACCAGACAAUAAUGAUCUGAAUGGUAUUUAUCUAUAUAGGUGUACAUUUUAUAAUGCUAACAUACAGUAUAGGAAAUUCAUACUUCUCAUGAAGAAGUUAUGGUGGUUUAAGCAUGGACCUAUUAUUAAUAGGUCCAUGGUUUAAGCUUGUGGAAUAAAACAAGACAAGUA